AUGGACCCCACUGCUCCCGUGGCCGCUGCCACCCCAGCCCCGACCCUGGCCGCGGCUCCAGCCCCAGUGCAGGACCCCCUGGCACUCCUCGGCCUGGGAAGCCCAUCGCCCCUUCUCUCCUCUGGGCAAGAAGUAGAUGGGAGUGAAAGAGGAGCUUGUCUUUGGAGGCCCUGGCUGACCUCUACAAACGACCUCCCAAGGCAGGUGAGGAAAUCGGUGGGUUUGGCCACUGGUGGGGCAACAGGUGCCAAGGUCACCAAGGCUGACUCCGAGUUCCAUCACCCCGUCAGGCUCUUCUGGCCUAAAUCCCGCUCCUUUGACUACCUGUACAGUGAUGGGGAGAUUUUACUACAGAACUUCCCUGUUCAGGCGACCAUCAACCUCUAUGAGGACUCAGACAGUGAAAAAGAGGAAGAAGAGGAGGAAGAGGAGGACAAAGAAGAUGAGGCAGAUGAAAAGGGGCCAGAAGGGGGUGUGAAGGUACCAGGGUCAGCUCCACAGAUGGCCACGGCUCCUCCUCCUUUCCUGCCCCAGACCUGUCCCAUCUGAGCCGGUGAGAGUCUGACUGGGGUUCAGCAUGCCUAGCAAGGCUCCAGGGCAUCAAUUAGCCAGGAAUCUCCAGGCACGGGUCUCUGGAUUGAAAGUUGGGUCCCCAGGUCACGAGCUCACCUGGGCUAUACCCAACUGGCCUGUGAGCCCGGGGCCUCCAGCAACUCAUUGGGUUGCUGUUAUGUUGACAGUGAGAGGGUCCUAGGAACUCUAGGGGAAGGAAGACUUGCUUUAUGAAGCCUCCAGGAAGCAGAUCAAGACAGGGCAUGUGCAUGAGGAGGGGAACUGUCACUCCUCAGGGCUCUUUGACUCCCCAGCCUUGCAGGUGGUCACCCAGUCCUGUCUCCCAGUGGAAUGCCUGACUUUUGGCUUCACCUCCAGGGAUACAAUACCAACACCUGACCCAGGCACAGCUGGGGUGCCUUUCUGAUGGACCUGGCAGGAAGGGAAGGGGCCAUCUAGAGAAUCAGCUUGCUUUGGGGACCUCCCCCUUCUUGCCUGUUAUCUACUGGGGUCUGUGUGUUGGCAUGAGAUGAAUCAGGAGAAAAAUA